UCAGUGUGCGAUUUGAAAAGUAUAUAAUACACACAAUGAAGAGAUGAACAAAUUAAACAGAAGGGAAAAGCUAAAAAGAUCGAGAGGGAUUCACAGCCUACCGAAGUCUCUCUUCUCCUCAGGUGUUGAACCAGUUUAAGUGGUGAUCUAUAUUCAUCUUGUCUGGCAACGAAGAUGACUAUGAACCAGCGUACCACGAUUGAUUUAGAACAAGGAUGGGAUUUUAUGCAAAACGGGAUAACGAAAUUGAAAAGAAUUCUUGAAGGGUUGCCUGAGCCCCAGUUCAGCUCAGAGGACUACAUAAUGCUCUACACGACAAUCUACAACAUGUGCACUCAAAAGCCCCCACAUGAUUAUUCUCAACAAUUAUAUGACAAAUACAAGGAGGCUUUCCAAGAGUACAUUUCAACGACAGUUUUGCCUUCUUUAAAGGAAAAGCAUGAUGAGUUCAUGCUAAGGGAGCUUGUACAAAGGUGGUCAAAUCAUAAGAUCAUGGUGCGAUGGCUUUCAAGGUUCUUCCACUAUCUUGAUAGGUACUUCGUUGCCAGAAGGUCACUUCCAAUACUUAGGGAAGUUGGUCUGUCAUGCUUCCGGGACCUGGUAUAUGUGGAGUUAUCUGGGAAAGUCAAAGAUGCUGUUAUUUCUCUGAUCGAUCAAGAGCGAGAAGGGGAGCAAAUAGAUCGAGCUUUGUUGAAGAAUGUAUUGGACAUAUUUGUUGAGAUAGGAAUGGGGCAGAUGGAAUAUUAUGAAAAUGACUUUGAAGCAGCGCUGCUAAAUGACACAGCAGCUUACUAUUCUCGAAAGGCUUCAAAUUGGAUCUUAGAUGAUUCAUGUCCUGAUUAUAUGCUAAAGGCUGAGGAGUGUUUGAAACGAGAAAAGGACAGGGUUGCUCAUUAUCUUCAUUCAAGUAGUGAGACAAAGUUGCUUGAGAAAGUACAACACGAACUGCUAUCUGUGUACGCCACCCAGCUACUAGAGAAGGAGCACUCAGGUUGUCAUGCUUUACUGAGGGAUGACAAGGUUGAUGAUUUGUCAAGGAUGUAUAGGCUAUUUUCAAAAAUACCUCGCGGUUUAGAGCCUGUUGCACAGAUUUUUAAGCAGCAUGUUACUGCUGAAGGCACAGCUUUGGUCAAACAAGCCGAAGAUGCUGCAAGUACUAAGAAGGCAGAAAAGAGAGAUGUUAUUGGAUUGCAGGAGCAGGUAUUUGUGAGAAAAAUAAUUGAGCUCCAUGACAAAUUCAUGGCAUAUGUGAAUGAUUGUUUCCUAAAUCACACGCUUUUCCACAAGGCUCUCAAGGAGGCCUUUGAAGUUUUCUGCAAUAAGGGAGUUGCUGGAAGUUCUAGCGCGGAACUUCUUGCCACAUUUUGUGAUAACAUACUCAAAAAGGGUGGAAGUGAAAAAUUGAGUGAUGAAGCUAUAGAAGAAACUCUGGAGAAGGUUGUAAAACUGCUUGCUUACAUUAGCGAUAAGGAUUUAUUUGCUGAAUUUUAUCGGAAAAAGCUUGCACGACGUCUGUUAUUUGAUAAAAGUGCUAACGAUGAGCAUGAGAGAAGCAUCCUAACAAAGUUGAAGCAGCAAUGUGGUGGCCAAUUUACCUCAAAAAUGGAGGGAAUGGUAACGGAUUUAACCCUAGCUAGAGAAAAUCAAGCCAGCUUUGAGGAGUAUCUCAGCAAUACACCAAAUGCAAAUCCAGGGAUUGACUUGACGGUGACUGUUCUGACAACGGGUUUCUGGCCUAGCUACAAGUCCUUUGAUCUUAAUCUUCCAGCUGAGAUGGUUAAAUGUGUUGAAGUGUUCAAAGAGUUUUAUCAAACAAAAACAAAGCAUAGGAAACUUACAUGGAUAUAUUCUUUGGGCACAUGUAACAUUAAUGGAAAAUUCGAACAAAAAACAAUAGAGCUGAUUGUGACUACUUAUCAGGCUGCUGCGCUGCUACUGUUUAAUGCAUCGGAUAGAUUAAGCUAUCAAGAAAUUAUGACUCAGUUGAAUCUAUCUGAUGACGAUGUCAUCAGACUGCUUCAUUCACUUUCAUGCGCUAGGUACAAGAUUUUGACGAAGGAGCCUAGCACCAAAACCAUUGCUCCAACUGAUAUCUUUGAAUUUAAUUCCAAGUUCACGGACAAAAUGCGAAGGAUCAAGAUCCCUCUUCCUCCUGUGGAUGAGAAAAAGAAGGUGAUUGAGGAUGUUGAUAAGGACAGACGUUAUGCAAUAGAUGCCUCAAUUGUUCGUAUCAUGAAGAGUAGGAAGGUCUUGGGAUACCAGCAGCUAGUUAUGGAGUGUGUUGAGCAAUUGGGCCGAAUGUUUAAGCCGGAUGUCAAAGCAAUCAAGAAGAGGAUUGAGGAUCUGAUCACUCGUGACUACCUUGAACGGGACAAGGAAAAUCCCAACUUGUUCAAGUACUUGGCGUAAAUCCAUACGUGCUUGCUGAUGACCAAGCUUGCACGAAUAUUGGGACACCCCCCAAUCGAGCUCUGACUACUGUACAGUCUUCUGCAUGUUUCCAGACCUUUGCUUAAGGGAAUUCUUGUUCAUUUUGCCCCAGUCUGGGUUAGGGAACGGUUGUCCCGAUUGGUUAUGCGCUGAAAGCUCAACUGCCGUUGAGGCAGUGAGACUAGAAUAGCUUUUUCUGGAUUCCUUUCAUGUACGUUUAUUUCAUUUUGAUAACUUGUUUUUGUUGAGGUUGGGUUUUUCUCUAAAGUAAAUGUAAAGAUUUACUUGAAGCAAUCUUUUUUUGUCAAA